GCCCAGCGCCCCGCGCCGCCGUCAAAGCGCCCAGAGAGACCGGCUAGCGGCCGAGGGCGAGAGCAGCCUUCCUCCCGUGCCGCACCCAGCGCUCGGUCCUGGACCCCCUCCCGCCGCACAUCUCCCUCCUCCCCCAUUUGUCUCAUCCAGUCUCCCCGCAACCCAAGGCGCGUGCGCAUAAGCCCCUGCGGUUUGGGGGCAUCCCCAUCAGCUUUAAACUCUGGCGUUGGAGCGCGCUGAGGGUGUGGGAUGGGCUCAGCCCGCUGGAGAGGUGCCAUUUCGGUGUAGCGACACCAUAAACCCAAAGCACGUGGCGCACUCAGCCCUGACCGCGGGGACACCGCCGGCUUUCCCUCCUUGAUAAUUCCCGUUCUUGGGCAUCGUUCGGGACCGCUGCGACAGUGACGUCAACGGACCUCGCGGGCCCCAUCCUCCCUACUACGUCAUUGCCAGUCCCUUGGCGGGGCCAAGCUCCAGCGCUCCCUUGACAGCUUUUCAUAUUUUUAGAAAACGAGAGAAGGUAAAGAACUCUUCACCAGUUUGGAACUGAAGCAGCUGCUUUCUUCAUGAAACUCCAUUUUACUUGAAAGAAUGACUGGCAGACAACUAUGGUUAUUAGGACUUGGAUAGUUGACACGCAUUUUCUCUAAAAGGAAAUGAGCAAGCCUGUCACUUCAAGAACCAGUGGAUAUGGAGGGCCCGCUACCACAUUGGGCAGUGCAGCCCUCAGCAUCAUGCAAGCACAGACAGAGCCUACCUCCACGUAGCUCUCAAGGGAAGGCAACACUGAACCAAGACCACAUGGACCUGCAGUAGCUACAUAGAGGGAUAACCAAUUGGCUGAUAGAGUAGCUGCCGAAAAGUAACCUGACUCCACUGACCUACUGGACUCCUGCUUGGGAAUGAUGGAAAGGAGCAGCUGUUUGCUCUGAACAGUAGAACAGCUUGAGAAUAUGGCAUGUAACAUACCUAACCAAAGACAGCGGACUUUGUCGACAACUGGAGAAGCUCUAUAUGAAAUUCUUGGUUUGCCUAAGGGAGCAUCAAAUGAAGAAAUUAAGAAAACCUACAGGAAAUUGGCCCUGAGACACCAUCCAGACAAGAAUCCAGAUGAUCCAGCUUCUGCUGAGAAGUUUAAAGAAAUCAACAAUGCCCACACCAUACUUACAGACAUAUCCAAGAGAAACAUAUAUGAUAAGUAUGGAUCACUGGGACUCUACGUGGCCGAACAAUUUGGAGAUGAAAACGUCAAUACCUAUUUCAUGCUGUCAAGCUGGUGGGCAAAGGCCCUAUUCAUCAUCAUUGGCCUUUUGACUGGCUGCUAUUUCUGUUGCUGCCUGUGCUGCUGCUGCAACUGUUGUUGUGGACGCUGCCGGCCCAAAUCAUCAAUGUCAGAAGAGGACUUUUAUGUGUCACCAGAAGACCUCGAGGAACAGAUCAAGAUUGACAUGGAAAAAGAUGUGGACUUUCCUGUUGUUCUCCAGCCUACAAAUGCAAAUGAGAAAACACAGCUGAUCCGAGAAGGAUCUCGAAGUUAUUGCACAGACUCUUGAUGUUGAGCCUGAGAGUCCAAAACACCUCCUCUUGGUUCAGCCAUGUCUCCACAUGGUUGGGGGAGGUUGAGACAUGAAAUGCUGUGAACUUUUAGACACUUGUAUUUUGUUUUUAGGCUAAGGGAAAAUGGUUGCUACAUAGUUUUCUCAGUAGGCAGACUUUCUCUUUGAGUAGAAUUCCUAAUGAAACACAUUCAAUUUUGAUGAAUAAAGAUCUGAAGACUCAUAUUAUGCUCCUUAAAUGCAGUAAGACAGUGGUAUUAGACUAUAUGGUAUUAUAUGGUAUUAGUCUAUAUGAGCCUGUCCCUUAACUGAGCUAGACCUCAUAUUCACAGACAAAAGUAGGAUUAAGUAGAUUCCAUCUACUUAAUCAAAUGCAAUGUUCAUAUCUGCCACAAAUAUCAGCAAAAGACAGAAGAAUUAAGGGGAAUUUUUUUGUAUGUGGAGCUCUUUGUUAAUAUUUGACAUGGCUAGAGAAAUAUUUCAAGAGUCAGGAAGAGAUGACUAAAUUCUAAAAGACAAAUCACAUUGUUUUAGAAUACAUUUUUUGGAAGGUUAAAAAUGAACAUUUAUUGAAAACCAACAAGUAAAACCAGGAAGAAACAAAUUUUGUGUGUACCUUUAGGUUGACUUUAAAAACAAAACAAAAAAUUCGAUCUGUUUGAAUCUUAUAAAUAAUCCAGAAAAUUUUUCUGAGUCUGAACCGGUACCAGUGUGUUGACCAUUUUUCAGUAAAAUAAUUUUUGUAUAACUGGCUCAGAUUAGUUACACUAAGGAAAAGAAACACAUGAGGUAAUGGGGUAGAAUUCUAAAUUUAUAGUUUAAUCAAUUUAAAGGUAUAUCUUCCUCUUUUUUGGUGGAAUUAAUUAUACUGUGCAGAAAAUGCUUAGCUUUGUGCGUGUUGGGCAAUUUGAACUCAGAAGUUGUCUCUGUAUUUUCUUGUUUGAUUCUUACAUUCAUCAUGUGAUAGAAACUGUGUACUAUUUUAAAAUAGUUCAGCAACAAACCUUUUUUCUGAGUCUCUUAGUUCUUUAUAUAAUAUUACAUUUUCAAGAUCUUGUUGUAUUUUUAUAUAAUAUUGCAUGAAACGCUAUCUUUUUUCAUUGUUUAAUACUCCCCUCAGCACCAAAUUAUGGUCAAUUGCUGUUAAAUAUAUGUUGUAAUGAAAAUUAGUGUUAUAGCUCUGAUAGUUCUGAAAUCAUUAAAUCUG